AUGUGUAUACAAGAAAAGGAAAGAGGGUCCGGCCCGGCCCGCUACGGGAGAGAGGGUCCACCCAGCCGACUGAGGGCGAACGGGCCCGCCCCAGCACGCUGUGAGCGAGCGGGCCCGGCCUGCUCCGCACCCGGCGCGCAGGCCAGGCCCGGCCUGCAGUGGGAGAGCAGAUCGCCCCGGCCCGCCACGGGCGAGCAGAUCGGGCCCGGCCCGCUACGGGCCAGAAGCCAGGACCGCUUCUGGUGCGCGGGCCAAGCCAAACUUACUGCGGGCCAGCCGGCCCGACCCACAGCUGGCGAGCAAGUCGGGCCCGGCCUGCUGCUGGCGAGGGCCGGCCCGCCGCCCCGCAGCAGUCGUGGGUCCCGGACCAGCCCGCUGCGGGAUAGCGGGCCUUUUCCGCCCUUUAGUUCUCGCAAGCCUUCCCGUCCUGCCCACUACGGGCGAGUGGCCCCGGUCCAGCCCGCUGUGGGCCUGUCGGCCCGGCCCGGCCCGGCCCGCUUCGAGCGAGCGCCCAGCUGCGGGCUUGCUGGCCCAUCCUGCCCUUCAGCUCCCGCUACGAGCGACUAUGCCCGGUUCAGCCUGCUGCAUGCGAGCGGGCCGGGCCUGGCCCUUUAG